UUUAUAUUAGACUAAAACUGAUUUAAUAAUCGCACUACGUUGACAGAGGGUUGGUUCCCUUGGAGACGCCUUAGCGGGUGCGCGCGCAGUUUCCGCCCACGGCAGGAAGUGAGCGGCGCAGCCCAGUGACGGUGAGCGAACAAUCAAAACAAACCAAGGCGAGCUUCAGCUUCAGCUCCACGAUGGACGGCCUACCGACCCCACUGCGGUGCCUCAGCGAGUGUCACCCCGCGGAGAUGUUCACGGAUGACGGCGUGGAUACCGUGACUUCACUGGAGCAGAAAAAGGUGGAACGCAGCAUUGAAGAAGUCAUCAGUGUUUACAAGCAAAUACACAGCUUACCACAGCCAACGUUGUUGCGGGAUCAACACUACCAGUAUCUCAAGAAGGGCUUACGUCAUUUAUCAGACGCCUACGAGUGUCUGGAUGCGAGCAGACCGUGGCUUUGCUUCUGGAUUCUUCACAGUCUGGAGUUGCUGGAGGAGCCCAUUCCCUCUGCUGUCGCCUCAGAUGUGUGUCAGUUCCUGGCUCGUUGUCAGAGCCCGACCGGGGGUUUUGCCGGGGGACCGGGUCAGCACGCCCACCUGGCCCCCACCUACGCUGCCGUCAACGCCCUCUGCAUCAUCGGCACGGACGAGGCUUACAGUGUCAUCGACAGGGAGAAGCUGCUAGAUUUCCUAUGGUCAGUGAAGCAGCCAGAUGGCUCGUUUGUGAUGCAUGUCGGAGGCGAGGUUGAUGUCAGGAGCGCUUAUUGUGCAGCAUCUGUAGCAACGCUCACAAACAUCCUCACUCCGAAACUGUUCGAGGACACGACCACCUGGAUCCUCAGGUGUCAGAACUGGGAGGGCGGUCUGAGUGGAGUGCCGGGUUUGGAAGCCCACGGUGGCUACACUUUCUGCGGCACAGCCGCCCUCGUCAUCCUGGGCAAAGAACAUAUGCUGGAUCUCAAAGCCUUGCUGCGGUGGGUGGUCAGCAGACAGAUGCGGUUCGAGGGCGGCUUCCAGGGCCGCUGCAACAAGCUGGUGGACGGCUGCUACUCUUUCUGGCAGGCGGGACUCCUGCCGCUGCUCCACAGAGCCUUAUUCAAAGAAGGAGAGUCGGAGCUGAGUCGGCAGCGGUGGAUGUUCGAGCAGCGAGCCUUGCAGGAGUACAUCCUCCUCUGCUGUCAGAACCCCACAGGGGGCCUGCUGGAUAAGCCCGGCAAAUCCAGAGAUUUCUACCACACGUGUUACUGCCUGAGCGGCCUCUCCAUCGCACAGCACUUUGGAAACAUGGACCUCCACCAUGAGCUGAUCCUCGGCAAGGAGGAGAACAGAUUGGCUCCAACUCAUCCAGUUUACAACAUUUGUCCGGACAAGGUGUCUCAGGCGCUGCAGCACUUUCACCGGCUCCCUGUCCCCGGGGACGACAGGCAGCCGGACAUCGCCUCCGCCUAUGGACCAGCUGACCGUCAGUCAUAGUCGGUGGAGUCGUCACCGCACGUCAACGGACUCGGCAACAGCAACCAGCCCGAGGUGGACGAGCCCCGGAAGUGGAGCCUCGGGAGAAACGAGGAGUUUGUCCAAAAUAAAAGCUCCGCUGUCGUACGUGUGUGGGAAGCUUUUACAUACAGCUGAUUUAUUAUUUGUUUGUUUGCGACGCCUAUUGUUUUCAUUCUCUGAAACGACAGACGUUAAUAAACUUUAUAUAGCACUUGU